CCAUGUUGCUGAAUGAAAUUAGCUCCAAAACAUUGAAUAGCCGUUAGCAAUAUCGAUAUUUUAUUUUUUCGCGGAAUAAUUUUUGUUACCCUAUUUGACUUAUUGUAACUAUGACUUAGGAUUUAUGAAGCUACCACAGAAGCCCCAUUCCCUAUUGUUGUGUUUAGGCAUAGAAACAUUGUCACGCAAUGCACCAUGGAAGUGGAUCGCAGAAUAUGCAACGACAGCUCCAGAGAUCAAAAUCUGUCAGUGGGUCUGAAGCAGAGGAGACACAGCAGCAGCCCACCAUGGCAGUCACACAGCAGCAAGCUACAAUUAACCAUCCUCAAUCGCCUGUGACCACAUUCUCCUCUGCUGCCAGUCCUUCUGCCCCUCAGUCACCCAAUUAUCAAAUAAUCAUGAGUCGCAGCCCAGUCACCGGACAGAACAUGAACAUCACAUUACAAAAUGUGGGACAGAUGGUAACUGGUAACCAGCAGAUCACCCUAACCCCACUGCCCAUCCAGAACCCAGCCUCUCCUGGCUUUCAGCAUACUACACCUCAGUGGAGGUUUGAGCAUGCUCCAUCCUCCUACAUUCAGGUUACCUCACCUGUGCCCCAGCCCAUGCAGCCCCAGAGUCCCACGCAGCACAGCCCAGUCCCGGUGCAAGGUUUGACAAGGCCAGGAGCACCUACAUCAGCACUGUGUGGACAGAGUCCAACACGAUUUGUUGAAGCCGGUAUGUUGGUGCGGCAAAUCAGUUUAGGAAGUCCUUCAGGAAGCGGCCACUUUGUUUACCAGGAGGGGACGGGACUGGCUCAGAUUGCACAGGCAACACCUGGCCAGGUACAGCUGGCUUCUCCAGGAGCACCAGGCUCUGUAAGGGAACGCAGGCUGUCUCAGCCUCACUCACAGACUGGAGGCACCAUCCACCAUCAUGGACCUCAAAGUCCUGUGGCCACCGGUACUGCUGUCCCCACUCUGAGCAGUCCUGGUCACAUCACCACAUCCAACCUACCUCCACAGAUCAGCAGUAUCAUUCAAGGACAGCUGGCACGCCCCAUGAUAUUUGAGAAGACGUCACAGGGUGUUGUUGCUGGAGUAGGAACCACAGCUACAGCAUCAUUUAGUAUACCCACCUCCAUUCCACCUUCUAGCCCAUCCCUCACUAGUCCAACCCAAGGGAUCGCCAACAAUCCCCUUGGACUCACUAGCAUGACUGUGGGCACUGUGAAGAAGCAGAUUCCCAAGAAGUUAGAAGAAAUCGCUCCUUCGUCUCCAGAGAUUGCCCAGCUUAGGAAACAGUGCUUGGAGCACCACAACAAGAAGAUGGAGAGCCUGAAAGAAGUGUUCAAAGAAUACUUGAUUGAGCUCUUCUUUCUGCAGCACCUCCAAGGUAACAUGAUGGACUACCUAGCUUUUAAGAAGAAGCCCUGUGUCCCCUUGUAUACUUAUCUGAGACAGAAUGACUUGGACCUGGAAGAUGAAGAGGAAGAAGAAGAACAGUCUGAAGUCAUUAAUGAUGAGGUAAAGGUUGUCACUGGAAAGGAUGGCCAAGCAGUAACACCAGUUGCCAUAGCAACACAGCUUCCUCCCAAUGUUUCUGCAGCUUUUUCUGUCCAGCAGCAGUUCCAGGUACACCAAGGGGUUGCUGGCACCAUUACAAACCCUGGUGACAUGGAUGCCUUUAAGAGGCAGCAGGCUAUGGUGCAAGCAGGCGGGAUGCCGCCUACUCCUCAAGCAAUCCAGAUUGCAGGACAGAAGCAGAACCAGCAAUAUGACCCAUCCAAAGGACCUCCAGUGCAGAAUGCAGCCAGUCUACACACACCUCCUCCCCAGCUACCUGGCAGGUUGCCCCAAGGUACUCUCCCUAUGGCAGGCCUGUCAAUGACACUCUCCCAGCAGGCUCAGUUACUGGAGAACACAGCUCAGGCUGGUGGUCAACUGGCACAGGUGAAGGUGCAGGCAGGUGGGCCUGUCCUGACCACAGUAAACCCCCACACACAGCUACAGGCCCAACUGCAACAACAGAUGCAGCCAGGUCUUCAUAUCCAGCUGCAGCCCCAGCAGCAACAAUCCCAGGCUGUUCUUCAGUCAGCACAGGCGGUCAGUCAACUUAAAAAAACGGUCACACUUGCUCGUCCUGGUACAGAGUCAAACCAGCCAGUUCAGAGGAUAAUGACCAACCCAAUAUCCAUGACAUCCAUUUCUCCUGCUCCCCUUCCUUCUACCAAUCCUGUCGCAACCCCCCACACUGCCAAUCCACUUCGCCCUCAUGGUGCUAACAUCAACCCAAGCACCCAGUCCAAACUGAGUGGAACCAAUGGCAUAUCCACUGUCAAAGUGGGUGGCUUUGGUCAGAGUGCAACCAUGCAGACCUCCCAGGAAGGUUCCCAAGACAAGCAUGUUGAGCAGGCCAAACUGGAGAGUCAAGUGCAUCAACGCAUCUCUGAGCUUAGGAAGGAGGGCCAGUGGUCAGCCAGUAGACUCCCAAAGCUUGUUGAAGCGUCACGUCCAAAGUCCCACUGGGACUACCUCCUGGAGGAGAUGCAGUGGAUGGCCGCUGAUUUUGCCCAGGAGAGGAGAUGGAAAGAGGCGGCAGCUAAGAAGCUUGUUCGCACCUGUGCCCGUCACCACCAAGAGCAGAAGAAAAGUGAAGAGAGGUCAAAGAGAGAAAGGGAAAUUCAUCAUCGCCACAUUGCCAGCACAAUUGCCAGAGAGGUGGAAUUUUUCUGGUCAAACAUUGAGCAGGUUGUCGAAAUCAAAUUGCAAUUUGAGUUUUAUGAGAAGAGACUAAAAGCACUCAGCUUACAAAAAGCCUCAGCCAAAGUACCUGGUCAGUCAACAGUCAUGAAAGGUGAUAAAGAGGAGGUGGGAACUUCAGCUAAAAAAAGGAAAUCAACUUCAUCUUUUGUUGAUGAAGAUGUCCCAGAUGAAGAGAGCACCAUAGAGGAGCAGGAGGUGAUGGAGGGGGAAGCGGACCACAAAGCAGAGCUGGUUGACCUCGCCAAAGAUGCUGAGAUGCCUCUGGAUGCUUUAAAGAAGCAGUAUGCAGGCGCUUACGCUGACAGCUUUGAGUGGCCUCAGCCAAGUCCUCACAGUGAGGAGGAAGACAUGGAGGAGAGUGAAGAAUGUCCUGCAAGCAGUCCACCUGAGGCAGUGAAGAUAGACUCCCUGCUCAGUGUAGACCAGUACAGAGGAGCUGACAAAUCCACCUCCUCUGACUCUGAUGGGAAGCCUGCCAGAGACAUAGCUGAAGUUGCUGCCACCACAGAGCUCAUCCUGCCCAAAGGAAGCUUCAGGACAACCUCCUCCACCCGCAGCCCAGCUCCUAUUCUACUGCAUGGGUCGCUGCGUGAGUAUCAACAAAUCGGUGUCGACUGGCUGGUAAACCUCAACAAGAAACACCUCAACGGCAUCCUGGCAGAUGAGACGGGCCUCGGCAAGACUGUACAGACAGUCGCAUAUAUGGCCCACUUAGCAGGCCAAGAAGGCAUCUGGGGACCCCACCUUAUUGUGGUAAGAACGUGCAAGCUGCUGAAUUGGGAGGUUGAGUUCAAGCGCUGGUGUCCUGGCCUGAAGAUCCUCCUUUAUCUCGGCAACAGACGGGAGAGAAGAUUUAAGAGAAAGUGGUGGGGAGAAGCCAACAGCUUCCAUGUCUGUUUGACAUCCUACAAAUUGCUGAUGAAAGACCAAAGCCAUUUUCUGAGGAGAAGGUGGAGGCACAUGGUCCUGGACGAGGUGCAACUUCUCAAAAACAUGACUGAGAAACACUGGGAAACAGUCUUUGCUCUCAAAAGCGAGCAAAGGAUUCUCCUCAUCAACACUCCUUUACAAAACACUCUAAAGGAGCUGUGGACCAUGAUCCACUUCCUUUUGCCAGGAAUCACCAGACCCUACUCAGACUUCCCUGUUAAGGCAGGAACAGACCAGAACCAGGACUACUGCCACAAACUUGUCAUCCGCCUACACAGGAUGAUCCAGCCUUUCAUCCUGAGACGCUCAAAAAGGGACGUGGAGAAACAGCUUCCCAAGAAGUAUGAGCACAUCCUGAAGUGUCGUCUCUCCAGCAGACAGAAGAGCCUUUAUGAGGAUAUCCUCACUCAACCAGGAUCUCAGGAGGCUCUGAAGACGGGUCAUUUUGUCAGUGUGCUUCAGGUUCUGAUGCAGUUACAGCGAGUGUGUAACCACCCUGAGCUGGUGGUGCCAAGAGAGAACAACAGCUCUUACUUUGGAUCCUCCCUACAAUACAACAUCCCCUCACAGGUGCUGGGAGCUCUUCAGAAGGAAUCAAGCAAGAUCGCCAGCAUGUCGAUAUUCGAUCUGAUCAAUAACGAGAACAGACUGACUCGGUAUCAGACUGAAGAGGCGGUACCCAAACUGAAGGUCACUCAGCAGCUCAUCGAGGAGAUCUACACUGGUCCAGAUCCACCACCACGACCAAAGCCAUGCCCAAUAAAACCCAUGAGAUUGUUCCAGCCGGUGCAGUAUGGGACGAAGCCAGAGGGCCGCCUUGCUACAAUAACGAGUACAGCAGGCCAGCGCCCGCCGACAAGCUCUCCUGCUACAAGCACCUCUGCUUCAACAACCAACCAAGCAGCUCAGGCUAGAGGCAAGUCCCCUGUCACCUCUGCAACUACUACAGCCACUUCUCAAGCGGUCGGGACAGCCUCUCAGAGAGCCCUGACUACCCCUCCUGUCAUCAGCAGCAGCAACACUGCCGCCUCCAUUGUAGCCUCCUCUGGGAACACUGGCGUUGGGCAGCAUGUGUUGGGGCCAGCGUCUGUGGCCUUGGGCCAGACUUUAACUGGCACAGUUAUGGGCUCAUUAGCUCCCAUUAACCAGCCUGGAUUAACACAGGUCCCCAGGCCAGCUCUAGCCCCCAGCCAUGCAAUCCAGCCAAGCUUACUGUCCCAGAGGCUGGUUCUAACAUCCCAGGCCCAGGCACGGUUGCCUAGUGGAGAUGUGGUGAAGAUUGCCCAACUGGCCAACAUGGCCGGCACACAGAAUCGUAUCUCACAGCAGGAGACUCCAGUCACUCUGCAGUUUCAGGGAAACAAGUUCACUCUGUCUCCCAGCCAGCUCCGUCAGCUCACCACCGGGCAGCCAUUGCAGAUCCAAGGUACCCUCGGUAACAUCCUGCAGAUUAUGUCGACUCCCGGGCAGCAGCUCAUCAGGCCCCAGGGAUCGAUGGUGAUGCAAGCAAUGCCACAAGCUGUUCCUGCAUCCAAUGCCUCAGCUACACCUGGCACACCUCAUCCUGCGCUGUCAGCAGGCCAACAAGCUCUGGGUGUGUCUACAAAUGCCACAUCAGCCCCAACCAAGCUCACUACUGCUACUAAUGCUGGUUCUCAGGAGUCAUCAGAAGAGAAGACUCAGCAGCUGAAAGAGCGUCUGGGCCGCCUGUUUGAAGCGAAUGAGCGACGCUGCAGUCGCAGAGUUUUGUAUGGCUCCGACCUGCUGCAGGCGUGCACUCUUAGCUCAGAGCCGGGUCACUCGGCCCUGACAGCUGGAGGCUGGAGGUGGGUGGGCAUAGAGAGUUGCCUGAGGGCCAAGAGAACCUGCAUGACUAGCACCUCUACACUGCAGUCCACUCUGCUCUCUGUGGAGGACCGCCUGGAGGCUGCAAACAACAUAACCAAGAGACUGGUCUGUGUGGUGCCUCGAGCUGUAGCCCCGCCUCCUCAACUGUAUGCAGCCAAUCCACCGGUUCCCUACCGGCUGGAUCAGAAAUCCUUUCAACGUCGGCUACAAGAGGCCUCUGCACCCCUAGGUGCUGAUAUCCACCAAUUUACAUCCAGGAGUCUCAUCCAUUUUCCUGACCUGCAGCUGAUGCAGAUGGACUCAGGUAAACUGGAGGCUCUCGCCAUUCUGCUGCAGAAGUUAAGAUCAGAGAGCCGUCGUGUCCUCAUCUUUACUCAGAUGGUGAAGAUGUUAGACAUCCUGGAAGCCUUCCUCGAUCACAGGCAGCUGACUUAUGUGCGAGUGGAUGAAAGCUUCACUCCUGAUGAACGACAGGAGAAUAUAAAAAGGUUCAACAGGAACAGGAGGGUUUUCUGCAGUAUCUUGACAAACCGCUGCUGCUCUGCAGUCGGGACUAUGUUUGAUGCAGACACCAUCAUCUUCUAUGACACAGACCUCAAUCCCAGCAUGGAUGCCCGCACACAGGAGUGGUGUGAAAAAAUAGGCCGUUCUAAGGAUAUACACAUAUACAGGCUAGAGAGUGGGAACUCUAUUGAAGAGAAGCUGCUGAAGAACGGCACCAAGGAUCUGAUCAGAGAGGUGGCUGCUCAGGGUACUGACUACACCCUGGCUUUCCUCACACAACGGACUAUCCAGGAUCUGUUCGAGGUUGAGGCAGGCUCAGGGGAGAAGGUGGAGGAGUUUGUGGUACUUCAUCAGGAACCGUCAUCUUCUGAAGCCAUCUCUCCCAGAGUGGCUCGGCCCUACAUCCAAGCUCUGCACAGCAUCAAUCUGGAUGCUCCAGCAGAGGAAGAAGAGCAGCAGCAGCAGCAGGUGGAGGAGGAGUUAGAAGGCAAGGAGUUGACAGAGGAGGACCAAGAGUCAGAGAGUGUAGCUAAAGGAGAGCCCGCUCACAAAGAGGAGCUGAAUGCAGUCAUGGAACAGCUCACACCUAUUGAAAAGUAUGCGCUGCAUUACCUUGAGUACCUCCACAUCAGUGACGAUGAAACUGCUCUCAAGGAGCAGUUAGAGAGCUUUAAGAGAGGCUGGGAGCUAAAGCAGCUGCAGAAGCUGAAAGAGGAGGAGGACGAGCGGCUGAUGAUAGAGGGAGAUGAAGACCUCUUCACCUACACCAGAGAGGAUGCCUACAACAUGGAGUAUGUGUUUGAUGCAGAGGACGGCCACACAGAAAUCAUGCCGGUUUGGACUCCUCCCACACCUCCACAAGAUGACAACGACAUUUACAUCGACUCUGUGAUGAUGCUGAUGUAUGACACCACCCCCAUGCCAGAGGCCAAACUGCCUCCGGUCUACGUCCGCAAGGAGCACAAGAGACUCAAGAUGGACCCCUCAGUAGCAGCCAGGAAGAAGAAGAAGGGCCACGGGGAGACUGUCAUUCCUCCACGCUCCCUGUUUGAAAAGGCCAGCAUGCUCAAAGUUCGACGUGAGGGCAAAGACCAAAAGAAGAACUUUUCCCUCAAGCAGCAAGCACCCUUUGCCAAGCCCCUCCCCUCGCUGGUUAAACCUGCCAUGGAGGCUGGCCAGGACAACCCAGAAUGGCUCAUCAGUGAGGACUGGGCUCUUCUUCAGGCUGUGAAGCAGCUGCUGGAAUUGCCUCUGAACCUGACAAUCGUGUCUCCUGCACACACUCCGAACUGGGAUCUUGUCAGCGAUGUUGUGAACUCUUGCAGCCGCAUCUACCGCUCGCCCAAACAGUGUCGCAACCGCUACGAGAAUGUCAUCAUACCCAGAGAAGAGGGCAAGUUGGUGUAUGAGGCUAACCCCAAGAAGAAAACCAAAAGCAUAUACAAGUCUAAGAACAGCCGUCCUCUAAGAACAUGUCAGAUCUACACACAGGAUGACAAUGCCACUCACAUUCAGCUCUACAACAGCCGCUUUGAGCUCAUGAAGAUCAUCGCCAGUAAAAGGAGUCCACCAAUCAAACCACUGCUUGGCAUGAAUCCAUUCCAGAAGAAUCCUAAACAUGCCUCAGUCUUGGCAGAAAGCGGGAUCAGCUACGACAAGCCUCUACCUCCCAUUCAGGUGGCAUCUCAACGUGCUGAGAGGAUUGCUAAGGAGAAAAAGGCCCUUGCAGAGCAGCAGAAGGCUCAGUUGGCACAACAGCAGCAGACCGGAGCACCCCAGGCUCAGGCUGCAACCGGCCAGGUUCAGGCUCCUGCUGCUGGUCAGAUUCAGGCUCAGGUCCCCCAGACUGCCGCAGUGGCUGGAGCCGCUGCUGUUCCUAAUGCAGCAGUUUUGGCGGGAGCCAUAAAAAAUGCCACUGUGGGCACAACCAUCCAGGCGGCCACUGUAGGGGGGAAUGUGAUUGUGAACACAGUAGCUGGAGUUCCUCCAAGUCCCUUCCAGGCCAACAAACGCCUGGCAUCUCCAGUCAUCCCAGGCACCCUGUCUCCUGCUAAUGCAACCGGAGCCCAGGUGGUCCACACACAACAGAGGGCUGUCACAGCUGCUGCUGCCCCAGCAGAAGUGGUUGCCAUAGCUACAGGUCAAGGUGUUCGAGCGGUUACCCCAGUGACGGCGUCUGCAGUCGUUUCUACGACUCUGAGCCCCGGGCAGUCACAGACCCGCCCUCUGGUCACUCAGGUCACACCAGCCACAGGUAUGCAGCUGCCACAAGGAAAGCCUCUCACCCCGGCACAUCUGCAGAUGCUCCGUCAGCAGCAGCUUCAGCAGCACCAACAACAGCAGCAGGCUGCUUCACCACAGAUCAAAGCAGUGGGCAAAUCCCAGGAGUUGUUGAAGAUGCACAAGCACAAGUUGCAGCUGCAGCAGCAACAGCAGCAGGUCGCUGCAGCAGUGGCAGCAGCAGCAGCUCAGGGCCAACAGGCUGCAGGAGCUCAGCAGGCUGCUCAGGUACAACCUGCACAGGCUGCACAGGCUAAUCCCCAGCUGACGGCUGUGGCAGCACCCAGACCUGGAGCGGUGCUGACUGGCACCACGGUGGCCAGCCUGCAAGUGGCCAGACUGACUCGAGUACCCACUCAGGGCCAGAUUCAGGCCCAGGCAGGACAGACAGCCCAGGUGACCCUCACCAAGCCUCCUGUGGUCUCUGUGCCAGCUGUGGUCUCAUCAGCUGGAGUCACAACGCUGCCAGUCACUGUAGCUGGCAUCAGUAUGGCUAUCAGUCAGGCCCAGAAAACAGGUGGACCUGUGCUGACGCCGUCCUUCCCCCAGAUGCAGGUCCAGCAGCUGCUUCAGAUGAAGAAGCAGCAGCAGGCGGCAGCAGUUCAGGCAGCAGCUGCAGCUCAGCAGAAAGCAGGGCAGCCGCAGCAAGGGCAGGCCACUGUGCAACAAAAGAUCGGCACCCAGCAGGUGACGGUGCAGGCAGCCCAGCCGGCUCAGCAGCAGCAGAAGGUGACCUACGCUGCCACCACCCAACUCCAACCUGGAAUCAAGACCCAGUUCUUCACUACAUCCAUUGCUCAGGCUCAGAAACCCACUGGAGCCCAACAAAUCCAGGUGGCUAAGCUCCCACAAAUAGUGCAGCAGCAAACCACUGUGGCAAAUCUCCAACAAAUCGUGUCUUCUCCUCAGCAGAUCCAGGCCCAGCCUCAGACCGUGACUCUGACCCAGGCGGCCACGUCCGCUCCUGCUCAGGUGCAGAUGAUCUCCGCUGGAACAGCAACAGCCCAGGUGGUCCAGCAGAAGAUCAUCCAACAGCAGGUGGUAACUGCUGCCACGUCACCUCAGAUCCAGACUCCUCCUCCACACAGCCCCGCCCAGCAGCCUGCAGUGACCUCUGCGGCCGAGUCCACAGCGCAGCAGCCAACUCAGACCCAACAGCCCACCAAGGGUCAGGCUCGCCAGGGUGGCAUCAGGGCCAAAACUCCUGCCAAGCCCAGCGGGGGGAGCAGCUAAUGAAAUGGAUUGAGCGAUUGUUUCCUGCAGUACAGAUGUGACAGCUCUGACGUUGUGCUGAAGCUUUUCUUGCGGAUCCUGUCACAUUGUUCACCACAGAAAACCUUUACCUCACACACUGCAGCCAUCUCUAAUCUGAUUCUAACUGUUGAACAUGACACACAUGUCAGUGGUUCUUUCUAAGCUUUCAACUCAAUCUCAGCACUCCUGUAACUCCUGGUGGGAUCCAUAAGUUUGCAUUACAGUCAACAUUGUUACUUCUCUUUAUUUGUUUAAUGUAAUGUGGAAUGUUUGAAAAUACCACAACUGAAAAUUGUCCCCUGAUAGAUCAAGCAACAGAGACAACAUCAAUGACUUGUAAGUGACAAUUAUCACUGAAUCACCAGAUAUCUGAGGCUGAGGCUCAUGGGAAAUCUUGCAGCUGUCCGUUAGAAUAAGUGUAUCCAUAAUUAGUCCCUUUUAUGUCUAUUCCCCUUGUUGUCUAUAGAUACUGAAUGGAGAAUAAUGCACGUUCCUUUAGCCCUUUGUUUUUUAUUGCAGCAAAUACACUGUAUACAUGUACUUUAGUAUUUUGUGUUUCUCAUAAAUUGUCUUUUUUUAUUGAUGUCAAGGAAAAAAAACUGUAAAUAUCAAUGAAAAACAUUUGUACUUGUAAAGUAGUCGUGUUUUCAUUGGGUUUUUUCAGCCUAAUUGUAAUAAAGUGUUUUGUUUUUAUACACAAAUUCAUCUUUUCCUUUCAUUAAAUCCGAUGUAAGUACUUGGAAA